UCCGUCCCAGAGAGGUAGAGGAGACAGAAAAUCUUCUCUCAGGAACUAACAUAUAUCACAUUUUCUAAAUACAUUCUUCAAGUGCAGCAGAGCUAAUUCAACUGCAAAAUGCAAGCUGUGGGUAAGUGUUCAGUGUGUGCUGGUCGUGCUGCCGGAGGAUUUCUGCGAAAUCAGACAGACUUUUCCCUGCUGCGGAGCAACAAGAGUGUGCUUAGGAAAGGAACCGCCUGCAUCCGUUUCCUAAGCAGUUCAAAGAGUGACCUGUUUAGCAGCAUGAAGCCUGGAUUCCAAAAGUUUGGGGAACAGAUAGAUUCUUCACAUAUGAGCCUGGCACCUUUCAGUGUUGCCUGUGUGCUUGAUGCCAUCCCUUCUACACAGGAAAUGGAAAACCUCUCUCAUGACUCUCUGAUCAGAAGAGCAGCCUCCAUGGUGACAGACAGUUCAAGUACCUUCCUCUCCCAGACCUCCUUGGCUCUCAUAACUGCCAUUAAGGACUACUCAAAGGCUUUGCACACACGCAUUGCUCUCCAAAGACGGUAUUUGGCCUCACUGGGAAAGCUGACCCCAGCAGAGAAGGAUUCGUUCCUGGAGGUGAUAAAUGGCCAGCGUGCAGAGGUUAGAGACAGACUACACGAAUGCAAACGCUUUGAGUCAACCUGGAUCAAUGCUAUCAACGUGUGUAUAAUGGCAGCCGAGGCAGCAAAUAUUUCAGGAGCCGAACAGGCAUCCAUCACAGUGAGGACAAACAUUCAGAUGGCCCAGUCGCAGGUGGGGGAAGCUCGGAAAUUGUCAGCGGCUGCAGAUAAGAUGUUGGCCGAGACAAAGGUAGAAGAGAUCCAAAGGAUGGCAGAAUAUGCUUCAUUUCUAGACAACAGCGAGGAGGACGGGGUGCAGGAAGCUUAUCUGCGAGAGGACUAAGACAAAUAGACAGAGAUAUUGGAGCAACAACAUCAAAUAUUUACAUGCUUUACCUAGGGCUGCACAAUUAAUUGAAUAUUAAUCGCGAUCAAGAAUUUGGCUUUCCACGAUUAGAUGUUUGACUGCAACAUUGGUGUUUAAAAUGUGUGCUCAGCUCAUAGAAAACCUCAGUGUUUCAGCCAGGGACCCCAGCCUUUGAAGCCUAUUUGACAUAGUUGCCAAACUGUGGAAUUACAACUUCCAUGUCCACCAGGUGAUGCAAUGGGGCCCAAAAAGAUUUUUCCCCAUAGACUUUACAUUGG